GUAACGCGUUACCAUGACAAUGACAUAACGGUGUUUACAUCGCAUCCCAAACGUCACCCGAAUGACGUAACAGCAAGUUUAUCGACGGCUUCGUCCCUGUCGUUUCAUCGCAUUUAAAAUUUUAUUUUGACCAAAGCAGAGCCCUCUGCGUUUCAUUAGGUAUCCGACCGUCGUAUCGGGAAAAUGGCAACAACGCAAAAAACCACGUGACCUAUAUUAGGGUUGUGAACCGAAGUUGGCAAGCGUCUAAGCGCUUCCCCUAGUCGCAACUCCAAUCCCUCUCGAUCGCCAUUCCCCUUAUUGCGCUACUGCGGGCCUCCAACCACUAACCUUGCAGCAGUGCCGCAACGGUGAUUUAGAAUGUCGUAUAGAAAAGCUAAACAUGCUGGAAGUUGGUAUAGCGAUUCAAGCUCGGAAUUGUCAAAUCAGCUUUCAGCUUGGCUGCACAAAGUCGAUUUCAUUCAUGGUCCUGCACGUGCUAUAAUUACUCCGCACGCGGGUUACAGAUAUUGUGGAUCUUGUGCAGCACAUGCCUACAAACAAAUAUCCCCUGAACUGGUAAAGAAAAUCUUCAUUCUAGGACCCUCACAUCAUUUUAGUUUAUCAGGAUGUGCCUUGACAACUGCUACCAAAUUUCAAACGCCUUUAUAUGACUUGGCCGUAGAUUCUCAAGUUAAUAACGAAUUAUACGCAACCGGUUAUUUUGACUGGUUAAGUUUGAGCGUCGAUGAGAAAGAACAUAGCAUUGAAAUGCAGUUACCUUUCUUAGCCAAAAUCAUGGAAAAUUAUAAACACAAAUUUACGAUAAUUCCAAUUCUUGUUGGAAGCCUCAGCUCUGAAAAACAAGUACGUUAUGGAAAACUUCUCGUGAAGUAUUUGAAAGAUCCUCAGAACCUUUUCAUAAUAUCGUCGGAUUUUUGUCACUGGGGCCCCCAAUUUCGUUACACAUACUGCGAUACAUCGUUCGAACACAUCUACGAGUCAAUUGAAAAUCUAGACCACAUGGGAAUGACUGCGAUCGAAAAUCUAAGCCCCCAUGAAUUUAGUGAUUACUUGAAGAAAUUUGGUAAUACAAUAUGCGGGCGCCAUGUUAUAGGAAUUCUACUCAACAUGAUUAAUCUUAUCACAGAAGACACCAAAAUGAGGCCAAAUCUAAAAUUUCUCAAUUACAUGCAGUCAAAUCAGUGUAUUACUUCCAUGGAUUCAUCUGUAAGUUACGCUGCAGGCGCUCUUAUUAUGUAAUUACAUUACACUACUGUAUCGAUUUUAAAUAUACAAAUAAAUUUAAAAAAUCACUGA